AUGACGAGCAAGGCCAGUCUGGCGCACCGCUGCUCCAACGCGAUGAUGACUCUCAAUACCUUGUCGGUUGUGUUCUACUUCGUCGGCAAUUACGUAAGUCACCGCGCGGCUUCCGCGGGUGGUGAGCCGCGGGAGUUCCCGGUGCAGAUGCAGCUCCCGUUUAACGCCACCAAAUCACCGAUCUUCGAGGUUAUCGUCCUGGGCUCGUUCUUGCACGUGUGGGAGACGGCGGUGGUGAUCGCGAUGUUGAAUUCCUUGAUUUUGUCAUUGGUGCUUCAUGUGAGUGGGCAGAUCGAUAUCAUGUGCCAAGACUUGAGAGAAAUUUCCGCUACGAGAAAGUCUCAUCCGUCCGUCACGAAAUCGCUCAUCGCGAGGCAUCAGCGGAUUAUAUCUCUGUCGAGUAACAUUGAUAAGUUCUUCUCGUUUGUCGCGAUGAUACAGUUCUUGUGGAACACCUUAGUGAUCUGCACCAUAGGAUUUAUGAUCGUGAUAUCUUUAGGCACGGACAUGGACGGCAAAUCCGGAAUAUUGAUACAAUCCAUCUUUCCAUAUCUCGCGGUAACGUUAGAAGCUUUCGUAUUCUGUUUCGCCGGCGAAUAUCUGAGCACCAAGAGUAGGUCCAUCGGCGAUGCGGCGUACGAGACACUUUGGUACGAUCUUUCCAUUAAAGAAUAUCGAAUUUUACUAUUGGUCAUCGUGAGAUCUCAGAAACGUUUGACGAUCACUGCUGGGAACGUCAUGGAUUUGACUCUAGAAGGCUUCACAAGUGUCAUGAAAGCCUCAGCAUCUUACGUUUCGGUAUUGCACGCGAUGUAUUGAAGCCGCAAUCGAUUUAGUUUCAACAAUGAAUUUCAC